AGAACGCCACAGAAGAGGCGCAUCUCUUGUAAACACAGCGGCUCUCGCGAGAUUUCCUCGCGCCGCGCAGCACACGCAGGAGCGUCUAUGGAGCAGUGAGGCAGGCGGGAGACGGAGCAACCGAGCCCGGCGCGGACUGGAGCAGGAGACGCUGGGUGAGAGAGGGUAACCUGCCUGUGACGUCGCUGCUGUGGUGUGUCUGAGCGGCGGCUCCCGUGGCGUGCUUCUCUGAUUAUCCCGUCCAUCCAUGCUCCAUUCGAGCCUGUAAGGAGGACGCGCACAUACUCAGGGAGGCGAGGGAAGCCCAUUGGUCUCCCAACCGACGCCAGCGCCAGGCUGAGUCACUGUCGAGGAGUUGGAAGAUCUUGAGAGAGAGGGAGACAGCAUCACGGAGAGAGCGUGAGAGAGAAAAGCAACGGAAGGAGGGGAAAACCGCUACACAACGCCUUUGAGAGCGAAGCAAGAGAGAGAGAGGCAGCCAGCGAGAACGACGGAAAGAGAGAGACAGAGCGCAGCAGUGAGGGAGGGAGAGAGACGCUGAGGCUGGGAGAGCUGACCCCCCUCCCCUCUCCUCUCCUCCUUCCCCCCCUCCUCACUCCUUCAGGAGCUGGUGUGUAGGAGCGGCGGGUACAGUGUGACUGAGGCAACAUGAGCGAUGUCACCAUCGUUAAGGAAGGCUGGGUCCAGAAGAGAGGUGAAUAUAUUAAGAAUUGGAGACCUCGUUACUUCCUGCUAAAAACCGAUGGGUCCUUUAUCGGAUACAAGGAGAAGCCACAGGAUGCAGAUCUUCCCUACCCUCUCAAUAACUUCUCUGUUGCAAAAUGCCAGCUGAUGAAAACUGAACGACCAAAGCCGAACACUUUUAUUAUUAGAUGUCUACAAUGGACUACAGUCAUAGAGAGGACCUUCCAUGUGGACACGCUAGAAGAGAGGGAUGAGUGGGCAGAGGCGAUCCAGAUGGUGGCAGAUAAACUCCAAAGACAGGAAGAGGAACGUAUCCAGUGUAGUCCCACCUCACAGAUAGACAACAUGGGAGAGGAGGAGAUGGACACAUCUAUCAGCCAUCACAAACGCAAGACAAUGAAUGACUUUGACUACUUAAAAUUAUUGGGAAAAGGCACUUUUGGAAAAGUCAUUCUCGUACGGGAGAAGGCCAGCGGGAAAUAUUAUGCAAUGAAAAUUUUAAAGAAAGAGGUUAUUAUAGCCAAGGACGAAGUGGCCCACACGCUUACAGAAAGCAGAGUACUAAAAAACACGAGACAUCCUUUUUUAACCUCUUUGAAGUACUCGUUCCAAACAAAAGACCGCCUAUGCUUCGUGAUGGAGUAUGUCAAUGGAGGAGAGCUGUUUUUCCAUUUGUCGAGAGAACGGGUGUUCUCCGAGGACCGCACGCGCUUCUACGGCGCCGAGAUCGUUUCCGCCCUCGACUACCUGCACUCUGCCAAGAUUGUGUACCGGGAUCUCAAGCUGGAGAACUUGAUGCUUGAUAAAGAUGGUCACAUCAAAAUUACAGACUUUGGCCUCUGCAAGGAAGGAAUCACUGAUGCUGCUACCAUGAAGACCUUCUGUGGGACGCCAGAGUAUCUGGCACCAGAGGUGCUGGAGGACAAUGAUUACGGCCGUGCGGUGGACUGGUGGGGUCUCGGUGUGGUCAUGUAUGAGAUGAUGUGUGGCCGACUGCCUUUCUACAAUCAGGACCAUGAGAAGCUCUUUGAGCUCAUCCUAAUGGAGGACAUCAAGUUCCCCAGGACGCUCUCUGCUGACGCCAAGUCCCUACUGUCAGGCCUGCUCAUCAAAGAUCCCAAUAAGAGACUUGGUGGAGGUCCGGAUGAUGCUAAAGAAAUUAUGCGACAUAGUUUCUUUGCUGGAAUUGACUGGCAGGAUGUCUAUGAUAAAAAGCUGAUACCUCCCUUCAAGCCUCAGGUGUCGUCAGAGACAGAUACCAGAUAUUUCGAUGAAGAGUUCACAGCUCAGACAAUUACAAUAACCCCUCCUGAAAAAUUCGAUGAAGAUGGGAUGGAUUGCAUGGACAACGAGCGACGGCCACACUUCCCCCAGUUCUCCUACUCCGCCAGCGGGAGAGAGUGAGCGCCACGCAGCUGACACUGCCUCAUCCUCAUCAAGGUUACCACUGGAACAAAUUAGGUCUUCAGCUUCUAACAGACAACGGCCCAUUUGACCCUUCAUCGCCCAUCUUGGUUCUUUCAUUUGUUUAGCUAGACCAAGGGAAACUUCUGAUUUAGGGUGAUGGGAAUUUGCACGUCGGGUCGGAUCGAGGUCCAGCCCGCUCAAACGUCCUCACAGCUCCAGCCCAAAGGUUGGGUCAUGAUGGGAGAACUUUUGCUGUUUGUCUUCAUUGUGUUUCUCUCUUUGAUUUGAGAUGUUUCUCCACAUUCCUUAUUCAGUGGGAACUAGUAUCAAGGACACAUCUAUUAGUUCAGAUAAAUACAUAUAACUGCAUGGCUAGAGAUUCACAUGGGUUUUGCGAUUCCGGGUACACGUAGUAUAACUACUCAAAACCGCUCCAGUCUACGCUGCUUCUGUUGUUACUGUUUUUAAGGUUCACCUUCUGUCAAAACUGCCAUAAACGGUUUACUAAGGCUUCACAGAGGACGUCUGUGUUCAGGACUAGCUUUACCCCUCAUCGAUCCACAACUCAGUAUUCCUCCGUACAAAGCCCUGUGAACCCGAGCUAUGCAGCGCUAAACUCUCACUAAAACUGCCCGUUAGAAAUGCUCACUCAAAUGUAUUCACCGAAGGUUUUAUUUCUUACAUAUCAUUCCCUGGGAAAAAUGGCACGUUUGACUGAUGUGGAGUGUUUUAUGCAGCGAUACACAACUGUGAUGCACAGUUGAUGAUCAGAUUAAAUUCCCCCAAAGCCCAAACUGUUUUUGAACAGUUGUGAGAAAGCCUUUCCACUCAACGCUCAAUAGUGCAAUCAUAGUGUAACAAUAACAACAACAAAAAAGCCAGCAUUAAUUGAAAGAAUGACAGGAAGCACUUUUUUAUUUUAUAAGAAAAAAAAUGUGUGAGAGAAAAUGUAUUUAAGCGAAUUUAAUUUAUUUUUUUCUUUUUGUCCUUGCGUUUAUUAAGAGUGCUUUCUGAGUCUCGUUUUUUGAAUGAAAUAAAUGCACCUAAAAAGGCUUACGAAUGUAGAUGGGUCACUGCAAAGGCCUUCAUUUGUUUUUAUUUUAUUUUCCCUGAACUGUUUUCUUUUUACGCCACUGUAGUGUUGUUCUCUUUUUUUCCUUCCCCAAAGGAAUUUGACUAUUUUCCUCAACAUUGUGAGCAGUCUGAGUGAUGUUGAAAUGUGUUGUUUGUCCUUCCACCAAUGAAAGGGCUGUAAAAGACCAUACUGAUUCAUUCAGAUGAGUCACUGUACGUUAAAGUUUGUAACAGAGCAGGACACGCACCCCAUUGUGAUUUGCUUGACCUUUUAAUGAGCAUUUAAAUAAGACACGGCACAUUCUCAUUGUUGUUUCGAGGCAGGAUGUGAACAUUAACCAAUCAUUUUGCUUAAACGUAGAUAUUGAUAAGUCGAAUGCUAUUUUCAAACACUUUUGAGUGCUAUUGUGCUUCGCUACAUCUAAUAUCAUGUUCACUUUCCUUCCUAAAAUACGCCAAUCAGAUAUUAGCGUAAAAAUCCUUCGAUAAACAUUGAAAUACUAGGAUGUCUAUAUGAAUUAUGAGCAAAAAAUGUUUCUGGUGGUUACAGACUGAGGAUUUACCUGGACGAAGCUUGAUGAGAUAGUUGAGAAAACCUGGCGAGUUGAAAUGGACAGUGUUUUUUAAAUGGGAUCAAAAGAGUAAUAAUUUGACAUAUGCAGUACAUUUCCUGAUAGUGUUUGGCAAUAAACCCUGCUGUGUGUCUGGUGUUUGUUUUCUGAGUGUAAAGAUGGCUCUUGUGCAUGUUGUUGUUGCGUUCAGCGUGUCCGUUUAAUUUGAGCAGGAACGGCAAAAUCUUUCAUUUGUAUUUGCCUUGGCACUUUUUGAAGAAAUGUGGCCGAGUGCAGCCCCGAGGUAUGAGGCUGGGGUGAGAAUAUGGGACAUUAGUGAAGAGGGAAGUGAUACAUGAGGAAGGAGUGAGUCUGGAUGGUGUGUAUAUGAAAUGUGACGUAGAACAAGGUCUGUUAAGAGUGGGACGUCUGAACUGGGAUCUCUUGCAUGUUUGUUAAAGACUGACAGGGAUUUGAUGACGGCUGGUUAAGGAUGAUUCAGAAAGUUUCUGUCCACCUCCCUCAUGCCAAACUGAGCUCUCCGCCAAAAUGCCUGCGUUGAUUGUGAGCAUUGUGAAUUGUCCAAUGGUGUAAUGUGAGAUGCUGUAGCAUGGUACUGUUGCUCUAUUGCCAGAUUUGAUUUCAGUCGAGCUUGAGGAUGUUCUUGCGUUCAAACUGUGAUGUCCAACCCAAUAAUGUUUUCUGACAGCACAGCGGUGGUACUGCGGGAAGAUCCGCUGUUUGUGUCAUUCUCUGUCUUCCAACUUGCACGUUUUCCUUUAGAUCAUUCCUCGUCUUUUUCCCAAUUCCUUUUUCUUGUUUUAUUUAUUUAUUGUUUUCGAGACAAAAAGUUAAAGAACUAUCUGAUUUAAUUUAAUGGGCUUACACUGCUGACCGUUUAGUUUUUUUGGUGUUUGAUUCUGUUUGUUUUAUUACUUUUUUAUUUAUCAGCGAAUAACUUGAAUAUUUUUCAACUAUUUGUCUUAUUUUACAUUUUCUGGUUAGGUAACAUUUACAAGUUCAAUUUAUAUUGACUAGGGAGAUGGAAGCACUCAUUUUGUAUUUUUUUUGCACCUUUGCUUUUUCACUUCAGAUUUGUGAUUGUACGGAUUGUACUUAGUAGGAUUAUUCAAUCAUACUGUGAUGCUGUUCAUCCAUUUCAUUAACUUUAAUAUGCACUUGCGAGGGACCAAAAGGUUUUCCUCAAGACGUGGAGAGGCAGAGAACGGUGAUGUUCAUUGGGGCGGUACCUUGCAUGUGAUGAUAGUUUAUUUAAACAGCAAAAGGGGCUUUGGCCAAAUCAAUCAUACACUUUUGUAACUCCAUAUUUUAACACUUGGCUUUGUAUCUGCCUGUAGUAGCACUUUCAUACCCAUUGCUCUUUUUAUAUAGCUCAGCAUAAGAAAAAAAAGGGUCCCUGCUUUGGG